AUGGCCGGGUUGUACCGAGUUGCUUUUGGAUUAAAACAGAACUUUCCUAUUUUCAACUGGCCUCUACACGAGCUUGCCGCAGUGUAUGAGACAAUGGAAGGUGUGCCACAAAACUCGUCCCAGCCCGGUCUCGUCUAUGGGGACCCCCUGUAUAACAACAUAAACACGCUCUCUUUGAAUGGCACAACCUUUGUUGAUAUCAAUGUGGGAACUCACAACUUUGGUGACCGAGAUGACUACACUUUUACAUUUUACAUGAAAACGAAGAAUAGCAAUAAUGACAACAAGUGCUUGCUAGAGUACCAAAGUAAUGGUGGGAGUUCCGGGCUAACCUCGAUGAGGAUUGCUAUAUCCGAUGACGACUUGGUCAUCUCUCGCAUCCUAGGCGGGGGUGUGACGGAGCAAUUGACCUUUGAUGACAUGGUAGCUGAUAAACACUGGCAUCUGUUUUCUGUGGCGUUGGAUGUCAGCCAAGGGAAAUUAUCUGUCAACGUACUUGAUGUUGGUAAAAAGGAAAUAUCUGGAUGGCAAACACACCAAUUAUUUAACACACCUGGAUCUCUACGGGUGGGAGGAUGCUUUAAUGCUGCGUUUCCUUACUUCGUCGGUUCCAUCACCUGCCUGUCACUGUUCGAAAAGAAGCUUGGCGAUCCAGAUUUAAGCAAAGUUGAUCAAGCGUGCCAAGAAAGCACAUACAUCUGCCAUGCCUCAACCCCGGAGUUGACCGCAGUUCUAAAUUCACAAACAUGUCCUUCAACGAUUUCCACCACCCCGUCGCCCCAGCCACCUCCUCUUUAUUUCAAUACUGCCAGAAACAUCGGAAACGAAAUCACAGUUAAGAAUUAUUUGAUGACGGCGGAUCUCGUGCCUGAUCCUAACCUCCGAGCCUACGUCGCCAUGUACCCGGAUUGCAGUAUAUUCCAGUGCGGUUCUAGGUGUAUGAUGGACGACACGUGUAAGUCGUUCAGCCUUGAGGAAAUCUCGGAAGGCCUCGUGUGUGGAAUACAAGACACGGCAUUUGAACUGCCCAUAAGUGAUGACGUACUGAAUGUGUUUAAGUCCGAAACGAUCGCAACUGAAUCCACAACAACAACCACUAAACCGACAACUACAACCACCACCGAUACACCGACAACUACAUCAGUAGCAUCUGAAUCGAAACCUAAAACAGAAGUAGAUAGUGACUCACGGGAUGUGAUUGAUUCCAAACCAGAAAUCAAUAAACCCAAACCGACAACAACGACCUACGACAAAACAAAAACUGAACAGAAAAUAUCCUCGACAACCGAACCGACAAGUACUUCAACAAGAAAUAGUGACACACAAAUAGAAGUUGAUUCAAAAACCAGUGCCACUGAACCAACAACUACGACAACAACAACUGAAACGACAACGAAGACAACAACAACUGAACCAACAACGACGACAACAACAACUGAACCAACAACGACGAUAACAUCAACGGAACCAACAGCGACGAUAACAACAACCGAACCGACAACAGCGAUAACAACAACCGAACCGACAACAGCGAUAACAACAACUGAACCGGCAACGAAGACAACAACAACUGAACCAACAACGAGGAUAACAUCAACUGAACCGACAACGAUGAUAACAACAACUGAACCGACAACGACAACAAAAACAACUGAACCGACAACUACGAUAACAACAACUGAACCGACAACGACGACAACAACAUCUGAACCAACAACGACGAUAACAUCAACUGAUCCGACAACGACGAUAACAACAACUGCACCAACAACAGCGAUAACAACAACUGAACCAACAACUACGAUAACAACAACUGAACCGACAACGCCGACAACAACAACUGAACCAACAACGCCGACAACAACAACUGAACCAACAACGACGACAACAACAACUGACCCGGCAACGACGACAACAACAUCAACUGAACCAACAACGACGUUAACAUCAACUGAACCGACAACGACGACAACAACAUCAACUGAACCAACACCGACGGUAACAUCAACUGAACCAACAGCGACGAUAACAACAACUGACCAGACAACAGCGAUAACAACAACUGAACCAACAACUACGAUAACAACUACUGAACCGACAACGACGACAACAACAUCUGAACCAACAACGACGAUAACAUCAACGGAACCAACAGCGACGAUAACAACAACCGAACCGACAACGACGACAACAACAACUAAACCGGCAACGACGACAACAACAUCAACUGAACCAACAACGACGGUAACAUCAACUGAACCAACAGCGACGAUAACAACAACUGAACCGACAACAGCGAUAACAACAACUGAACCGACAACGACGACAACAACAACUGAACCGACAACGACGACAACAACAACUGAACAAACAAAGACGAUAACAUCAACUGAACCAACAACGACGAUAACAUCAACUGAACCAACAACGACGAUAACAACAACUGAACCAACAACUACGAUAACAACUACUGAACCGACAACGACGACAACAACAACUGAACAAACAAAGACGAUAACAUCAACUGAACCAACAACGACGAUAACAUCAACUGAACCGGCAACGACGAUAACAACAACUGAACCAACAACAGCGAUAACAACAACUGAACCGGCAACGACGAUAACAACAACUGAACCGACAACGACGACAACAACAACUGAACCGGCAACGACGACAACAACAUCAAAUGAACCAACAACUACGAUAACAACAACUGAACCGACAACGACGAUAACAACAACUGAACCGACAACGACGACAACAACAACUGAACCGGCAACGACGACAACAACAUCAACUGAACCAACAACGACGAUAACAACAACUGAACCAAUAACGACGACAACAACAACUGAACCGACAACGACGACAACAACAUCAACUGAACCAACAACGACGGUAACAACAACUGAACCGACAACGACAACAACAACAACUGAACCGACAACUACCACAACAACCACUGAACCAACGACGACGAUAACAGUCAUUGAAUCAACAACAGCGACAACAUCAACUCAACCGACAACUACCACAACAACCAAUGAAUCAACAACGGCGACAACAACCACUGAACCAACGACGACGAUAACAGUCACUGAAUCAACAACAGCGACAACAUCAACUGAACCGACAACUACGACGACAACAACAACUGAACCGACAACGACGACAACAACAACUGAACCGGCAACGACGACAACAACAUCAACUGAACCAACAACAAGGAUAACAACAACUAAAGCAACAACUACGAUAACAUCAACUGAACCAACAACGACGAUAACAACAACUGAACCGGCAACGACGACAACAACAUCAACUGAACCAACAACGACGAUAACAACAACUAAACCAACAACUACGAUAACAUCAACUGAACCAACAACGACGGUAACAACAACUGAACCGACAACGCCGAUAACAGCCACUGAACCAACAACAGCGACAACAUCAACUCAACCAACAACCACGACAACAACAACAACAACUACCACAACAACAACUGAAGCGACAACGACGACAAAAACAACUGAACCGACAACUACGACGACAACAACAACAGAACCAACAACACCGAUAACAACAACUGGACCAACAACGACGAUACCAACAACUAAACCAACAACGACGAGAACAACAACUAAACCAACAACAACGAAAACAACAACUGAACCGCCAACUACCACAACAACCACUGAACCAACGACGACGAUAACAGUCACUGAAUCAACAACAGCGACAGCAUCAACUGAACCGACAACGACGAUAACAGCCACUGAAUCAACAACAGCGACAACAUCAACUCAACCGACAACUACCACAACAACCACUGAACCAACGACGACGAUAACAGCCACUGAAUCAACAACAGCGACAGCAUCAACUGAACCGACAACUACGAUAACAUCAACUGAACCGGCAACGACGACAACAACAACACAUCCGUGGGAGAAGGAUCAGCUUGCCAUCAAACAGCGCAGUAUGGAGAAGAUUGACUGA